AUGUCGAACUAAAUCACGGAAGUGUUUUUUGUUAGUAAAUUGACUAUUUUAUACAAAUUCAACAGCAAUUAUGUCGGCACCGCCACGUGAAACUAUCCAGAAACAGAUCCAGCAGGAUUGGGCUAACAGAGAAUAUAUCGAAGUGAUAACAGGAAGCAUUAAAAAGAUCACCGACUUUCUGAACUCAUUUGACAUGUCCUGCAGAUCCCGGCUAGCGACCCUCAAUGAGAAACUGACAUCCUUGGAAAGAAAAAUUGACUACUUGGAAGCUUGUCAGGAAUCAAAUAUGCAACCCCUGGCCACUGUCCCAGGUCACAAAAGGCGAAACACUAACAUAAUCCUGAACUCUCCUGUACAAUGAUGCAUCUAAUCCCAGUAAUUUAAAGUAGACAAGAUAAGUAUAAUCUAGGUUUUAAUAUAUAAAUUAAUGUAAGACUUAUAUUUAAGUUUUAGAUGUUUAUUUAAACAUAACUUGAUUUAUCUUUAAUGCAUUUAUCAUGUAUAAGUUGGUAUUUUUUACAAUAUAAUUUUAACUGUCGGUA